AUGUAUGCAGGUUGUUUUUUUAAAAUGACUGCUCGAGGCUAUAUUAACUCGGAAGCAAGUGCCUCUGAGCUGAGUGAAACUGGGGUUUAUAACCAGAUAAACAGGGCUGCACCUUAUAACUUCUGACAGGUUUAAACAAUGGACCAAUAAAGCGACCGCAGCACAGCGUGCCUAGGCAUCAGCAGCCCCUUCCAACUCAGUUACGGCUUAUUUUAUUUACUAGAUUUCUGAAUAGACCUGCGCGGGGAUUGCACUAGUAACAACCCACUCGCUUCCGCGUUUACUCAGAAAUAAGACCCACGGAUGAUUCAUCGGCUUUAUUGCCUAGUAAGCAACCAUUGCGCUCUGCACCUAGGAGAGCCACGCCUUUCCAGAGCCCAGCCGGAAGCGCAAGGCAUUCUGGGCCUUGUAGUUUGUGGCGCUCACGGCACUGCUGCGACUAUACCAGUAGCAGUUUCCGCGGUGCCGUGAAAUUCUGGCCUAGGUAGUUCCCCCUCAGUCCAGAAAUCGUUGCUUCGUGGGGCAGUAACAGCCGGUGUGGCCUUCCCUCGACAAAAACAACCGUCUCCGAGCGUUACCAUAGCGACUGAUCCCAAUUUUAAAAACCCGAAAAGCCACUGAGUGAACGUGCUUCAAGCGAUGACGUGCUGCGCAUACGUAACAACGGCCGAGGACUCUGACGAUUAAUGCUUGCGCCAACAAUAGAGAUUCCGGGUGCCUCACACUCCCUUAAGACGCAGGCGUACGCGGCCGGCCGGUAGCGGAGUCCGUGGAGAGGCCUGGGAGGGUGUUUUUCGGGCGCUAAUUUGCCUCAGGCUUCCGCAGUGAGUAUAAGAGCGGGACAAUAAAGACCCGUUUGUGUUUACACGCGCAGUACGUGUGGGUGCGGCGGUUGCGUUCCUUCCAAGUCCCGCACUGGGAGUGAGAUCUGUGCAGCCCCCCCCCCCAGCAGGCCUUGCUAUUCUGUGGGUGGGCGUAUCUUUCUGAGUUGCCAGGGCCUCCCCACCCCCCACCCCUUCGAAGGAUUUCUCAUGACAAAAGCAUUCAGUUGGCCCUGCCUGUCCCGUGGCUGCCUUUCUGUGUUAGGGAAAGCAGCAGGGGGUCAUAGAAUCUUGGAAGGGACCCCAAAGGCCAUCUAGUCCAAUCCCUUUGCAAUGCAGGAAUUUCAGCUAAAGCAUCCAUGACAGAUGGCCACCCACACACCGCCUAAAAAAGCCUCCCAAGGAAGGCGAGUCCACCGCCACCUCUCGUGGGAGUCUGUUCCACUGCUCAACAGCUCUUACUUUUAGAAAGUCCCCCCCCCCCCGAUCUUUAGUCGGAAUCUCCUUUCUUGCAACUUGAAGCCACUGGUUCAACUCCUACCCUCCAGAGCAGGAGAAAACUGGCAUGCUGUCUCCUCCAUGUGACAGCCCUUAAGAUAUUUGAAGAUGGCUAUCAUAUCUCCUCUCAGUCUCUUUUCCAGGCUAAACAUACCCAGCUCCUUCAAGCACUCCUCGUAAGGCUUAGUUUCCAGACCCUUGAUCAUCUUAGUUGCCCUCCUCUGCACAUGUCAGCUUCUCAACAUCCUUCUUAAAUUGUGGUGCCCAGCAUUGGACACAGUAUUCCAGGUGUGGUCUAAGGCAGAAUAGAGUGGCAUUAUUACUUCCCUUUAUCUGGACACUAUCCUUCUGUUGAUGCAGCAUAGAGACAUAGUCAAGGGGAGUGGCCUUUGUCCUGACUGCAUUGCACUCUCUGUAAACUAAUUUUGAGCCAGGGGGCACCAACUUGGAUGAAAUAUUGGGGAGGGGAGAAAGUAAGCCCUGCCCCGCCCCACAUAAUUGACCACAUGACACAACACACACACACCCUAUUUGAAUGGCAUUGCCCAUCAACUUGGGGAGGGGGUUGUCCCCUGUGACCUAGGCGUUGGCUCCUAUGUAUUAAGCAGACUUUGUUGUUGAUCUUAUGUAAGUAGCUCCGGAUCCCUGUUUAGCUGAGGAGUGGGGUAAAAAUGUUUCAAAGCAGUAAAAUAAAACUUGCUGCUGCGAAAUGGGCAGGUGCCUAGAGACAAUACAUUUCUGUAAUGGCUAAUAAAGUCGAGGUUUCUACAGUGCAAUGUAGCAAGUCUUAUUAGUCAGCAAUAUAUUAUGUCCAUUUCAAAGCAAAGUAGCAUCAAAGUUCAAUUGGUUUGCUUUCAACUUUGCAUAUUACUAAUACGGACAUAGUUUUAUGGAGCAUAUAAGGAUACAAACAUUUUGUGAGCCCAUCUGUCACUUUCAACGGAAGAACUACAAAUGGGGAAAACAACCCAGAAAUGGGUUAAAAGGAGGAAAGCAGAAUAGGCUGUACAGUACUGUCCUGUUUCUUCAUCCCUCUUCUGCAGAGUGGGUCAAGACAAAACUGCCAAAGAUGCUAGAAGAGACUGUAUACAAGUGUUUAAAUGCUAAUUCCUUGAGUCUCCGAGCUGAGAUAGGUGAAGUGGAAUAUUUGGUCUCAAAGGAUAGCACUGAUAUUGUGGACAUAACAGAAACCUCGUGGAAUGAAGAGAAUCGGGGACAUGGUUAUCGCUGGAUAUAAAAGGACAACCUGGAGGUGGUGUUGCUGUAGGUCAUAAAUGCAUGAAAAGUGGAGCUUUGAUAUCGUAUUGCAUCCGAGUCUGAUUUAAAAUCUACUCUGUUUUACAGGUUUAAUGCGUGUGCCACUUAUUUAGGAGGAAAAUGUCAUCUGAAAUGUUUUCAAAAGUUCUGGAGGCUCAAUUGCUUCAGACAACAAAGAUUGUAGAAGAACAACUUGAUGCUGAGAUUAAAAAACUAGACAAUGUGGAUGAUGAUGAAUUAGAAAUCCUAAAGCAAAGAAGGCUUGAAGGCUUGAAGAAAGCCCAGCAACAGAAACAGGGAAGUUUCUUGUAGUGGUGUUAACUGUUUAAUAUUCGUUGUUGUUUUAAUAGCUGUAUCAAAUUCACUAACUUGGCAACAGCCCUAUAAGAUACACCACUAUUUCCCUACUGCAGAUGAGAAUGAAGCUGAUAGAAUACUAGCUUGCCUAAAGCUGCAAAGUGAGAUUUGAAGUAGCUCACACUCAUGCAGUCCAAUCCCACUCAUGCUCCACUCCAGAAGAAUUAAAUGUUAUAAAUAUUGUGUUCUUUAUUUUUGUUUUUUAUAUGGUAAACUGUCCUGUGAGCCUCGGAUAAAGGGUGGUAUGGAAAUUUAAUUAAUUAAUUAAUAAUCCUGCUGAAAUCAGUGGGAUUCGUUCUGCAGUAGAUGUUCAUUGGAUUGUAGCCUUACCACUCUUUGCAUAUUUAAUCUAUCUGAAGUCUUUAACGUGAGUUCAGUGGAAUAAGUAAAUAUGAAUAGGAUUGCCUUUGUUGUAAUCCUAUGUAUAUACUUAUUUGGGAAGAAGCUCCAUUGAACUCCCUAGGAAUUGCAUCUAAGUAAAUAUUCACUGGAUGGAUAUGUGUGUUUGUCACUAUGUUACACAGCUUGUUGAAACUUCCAUCACAUCCAUUGGUGUGACACUGGACAAUUAUAAAUGUUAACGUCACCACCUGAUAUAUUAAAAAUAUAUUAUAUAAGGUUAGGAAUUGGCAAAGAAGCUGAUGUUUAAAGUUUUCUAAUAUUUGCACAAUAUUUGCAUGAGCAGGUACUAUAUGUCAGUAGGGCUAGAAACUGUCUUUGGCCAUAAAACUGAAUUUUUCAGACUUGAUGGCAUUUGUAAAUACAGAAUAACUGGUGGAAUUAUGAAUAUUCCUGAUGCUACAUAACAUUUCAGGGGAUGCUUUACCUCUUAUGACAACACAAAAAUACUUAACUUCAAAUGUCUAACAUUUUAUAUUCUUAUAAACAGGAAUGGCUUUCAAAUGGGCAUGGGGAAUAUGUGGAAAUCCCCAGUGAGAGAGAUUUUUUUGAACAAGUGAAAAGGAGCAAUAAAGUCGUCUGCCAUUUUUACAGAGAUACAAGUUUCAGGUAUACUAAACUCCUUAGUACACAAAUACUUACCAAAAUAGGUUGACUGUCAAAUAGCAGAAGAUUUGUUUAGAAAAUUCCAUGAUUAUUUGUUGUAUCUUGAGUAUAGUUGGCUGUGCAGAUUAAUACUUGAAAUAUUGAUUAUAGCCUCGACAUGGCUGCUAAAGUCUUUAGAGACAGCAUUGUCCUUCAGAUCCACUGCUUUAUAUUUUUACAUCCACUCCCUAGUAUCAAGGGCAAAGGGAAUGGGAAACUUGGUAAAUCUACCUUUUGAGUUAAACAUUUAAUAACUUAUAUGCUAACAUUAUGACCAUUGUAAUAACAAACUUACUGACAGGUCAAAUACGUAUGUUGUUAUAAUAAAUUACCGUACUCAUUUGCGAUUUCUACAUUUCAUCACUGUAAAGCACUUUGUUUUAUUUUCUGUUCCUCAGAUGCCUGAUAUUAGAUAAGCAUCUAACAGUACUGGCAAAAAAGCACAUUGAGACCAGGUUUAUCAAAUUAAAUGCUGAAAAAGCUCCGUUCCUGUGUGAGAGACUUCGCAUCAAAGUAAUUCCCACACUAGCACUUGUAAAAGAUGGCAAAACACAGGAUUACGUGGUUGGUUUUACUGAUCUUGGUAAUACAGAUGACUUCACCACAGAGACCUUAGAGUGGCGAUUAGGUUGUGCAGAUAUAAUCAACUACAGGUAAAUGAAAUUAUCUCCUUUUUUGUUUCUUAAUGUAGCUGGUGCAAUAUUAAAGGUACUUAAAGCAUGGAAAAUCAAGAAGGGAAUCUUUCUGGCAAGGCAACAAAAUAAUUCUAAACACUGAGUAUUGAUCGUUAUAUUGUUGGGGAAAGUUUCUUUCUCUGUACACUGAUCAUUUUUAAGGGAUUUUUAAAAAUAAUGAACUGGUAUUGCUGCCUUCCUUUAACUGUGAAGCAGCAAGAAAUUGUGGAAGGUAUUUCUGAACAUGUAAUACACUUGGUUACACCUUUAAUUCACAAAGAAUGAGCUAAGGCCCGGCUCUUUUUUGUAAUUAUGUACUAGUGAAAGAUUCAGGAAGCAGAAUAUGUGUCCCCUCUGCUGUAACCGUGAGAGAACUACUCUGCUUCAAGCAGUUGUACUCGCAAGAUAACAGAAUCUGGCAUUGCGUUUUGCAAGACUUAUACUAUAAAAUGCAGGUGUUGCCUUGGUGGUGUUUUUAAAAAAUAUCGAUUCACAUACAGUAUUGAAAUAACUUUUCCCCCCUUUUAGUGGCAACUUGAUGGACCCCCCUUUCCAGAGCCAAAAGAAGUUUGGGACCACUUUCACAAAGUUGGAUAAGAAAACAAUCAGAGGAAAGAAAUAUGAUUCAGAUUCUGAUGAUGAUUAGAUAUCAUGAUUCAGAUGUUUAUAAAUCAUCUUUUCUUUGAAGCUUGAUACAUUUCUAGGAAUGUUUUAUAAAGCUGUUUGUUUUCAGUACAUUUGCAUAUAAUGCUCAUUUUCUAAAACUGUUUUAUACAACUCAUGAAAAGAAACUGAAUAUUUUUUUCCCCUCGGGGUGACAUUUCUAGGUGAAAAAUCUGAGCUCUUUCGAACUGCGUCACAUGAGACAUGACUUUAAAGCAUUUUGUUAAUUAUAAAAAUAGUCCCUUUAAACUACAUUUUUAGUACUUCAUUUGCCAUUGGAAAUAUUAAUGAAGGACUUCUGUCAAGAAUUGUUAUAAAACCAUUCCAGAAGUAGUGCAUUAAUAAAACUGUUGCUUGUCUGAUAAUGCCAUGUGUAUGGCAUGGUAUUCCCUAAGUUAACAUUGCACUGCAUAUUAUGAAACCAUCUUAGCCUCUUUAAAAGAAUUAAGUCUACCAGUUGUGUACACUGCAUGUUAAAGCUGAAUCAGCAGGUAAUAGCACAUGGCAAAACUAUAUUGAACUGGAAUACAGGCUAGAUUUUUUUAUUUAAAAAAAUCAGAGUGAAAAUUGGUGUUUGCUUUUCCUCUUGAUGUGAAUGCAGUUUAAUACAAUUUCUUGCACUGUUGUUCUUCAGUAAUAGGCAUAUUUUCCAAGAGAAUCUCUUUCGUUUGGGAAUACUAAAAUUCCCUUGGGAAUCUGUGACAGUCUAGCUCCUAGGUAGGUGAAUGAGCUUUUCCUUUGUACUUGUAAAUCCCCAUAGUUGCCAAAAAGUUUAAGUAUAUCUACACUUUGGGGGUGUUGAGAUAAAGCCCAGUCGGUUUAGGAAAUAAGAGAACCUUGCCUGUGAAUCUCUACUUGUGGCAAAUAAAGAGUCAACUCAUUUGAAAGAAAAUGGCUUUCUCUUCUGUCAGAGGGAAGCGAGCAAUGUUGCAGCAGGCUACUGAAUCAGCAUGAAGUCACCAGUGUUGUUAGUUGUGUGCACAGGUCUUGGUUCAGCUUUCUCUGUUUUUCCUUUUGAGGGAGGUGAGGAAACUGCCUCAGUGAGGGGUGAGUGGGCAUAUUGAAUAUCCACCAUUAACAGGCACACCUUAUAUCAGUGGAAUGCACAGCUGUGCCCCAACAUUACUUGCUUCUCUCUGCGGAUAGAAGUAAUGGACAAGCUAUUUCUAGAAGUUAUAAAAGAAGCAUUUAUUACGAAGAUCCAAAAGGAUGGGGUAAUGAGAAGGAUAUAUCUAAGAUGGGUUGAAGGCAGGUAAAAAGGGGGGGGAAGGGUUUCAGUGUAGUGUUUUGAGUCUACUGGAUAGGCAUAGUUGGUAGGCAGAGUCUCUGUGUCCCAGCAAAUUCUGGGUAUUGUCUGCCACAAGAGGUGUAAAACCGAUCUGGCUCUUUUGCACAGUAGGUCAGCAAUAUUGUUCUCUUAACUAAGUCAGUUGGUUUUUUUUAACAUUUAUGUAAAUGAAAAUAAAAUUAUUUGAAUUCUAUGUGCUAAGUGCCUGUGUAUGUUUUUGCUCAGCCUGCU